UUUUAUUAUUGUUGUGUGGCGCAAUUACAACGAAAAUUUACUUUCAACUAUUUCGCCAUAAUUGCUUUAAUUUUAUAUUAAAAGUGUGAAUUUUCUUUAAUACCAUGUAAUAAAAUUCCAUAAAAUGUCUGGAGCAGAAGGAAUAUUUUCCUUGCGUUUAGUUAUAGCAGAUUUUUAUAUGGAAAAGCCGGUACCAGGAUUGGAUGCUUGUUAUUCGGAAUUUCGUGGUAAAGAAAUAAAAAGGGUACCAGUUAUACGCAUAUUUGGUCCAAAUGCUCAGGGACAAAAAACCUGCCUGCAUGUGCAUGGUGUAUUUCCUUAUUUCUAUAUACCCUAUGAUCAAAAGGAUUUUGAGUCGCUAAAUAAGGCUAUCUAUCAAAUUGCUAUCAAUUUGGAUAAGGCCAUAAAUAUAUCGCUCAGCCAAGGUAGUUCCUCUGCUCAGCAUGUUUUUAAAAUACAACUGGUUAAGGGCAUACCAUUUUAUGGUUACCAUCGUUCUGAUCAUCAAUUUCUUAAAAUUUACAUGUUCAAUCCUCGCUUUAUACGAAGAGCGGCAAAUCUUCUACAAAAUGGUGCUAUUUUAAAUAAAAACUUUCAUCCUCAUGAGUCUCAUGUUCCAUAUAUUUUACAAUUUAUGAUUGAUUAUAAUUUAUAUGGCAUGAGUUUUUUACAUAUUCCUUUGGAAAUUGUGAAAUUUCGUCGCAGUGAUAAUGCUGAGUUGAUUCCAUUUCGGAAUCUUCAGGAAACACAAAUGCUAGAUGUAAAUAUUGUUAAAAAAAUAUCCUGCAGUACGUUGGAAAUUGAUAUUGGUUCUAAUUUUAUUUUGAAUCGUUUCCAAUUGAUUACUAAAACGAAUACAACACAUACAAAUCCGGGUAUUGAAUCUAUCUGGAAUGAUGAACGUUUAAGAAGACAAAAACUAGCGAAAAGUGUAGAGGAUGAUGAAGAGAAAUUGAAUGCGAUACCUCGACUUGAAAUACCAGCCACACAAGAACGACCCGAUGUCCAACCAACCGAAAGUGAAAUUUUCUAUCGUACAGCAUUAUUAAGUAAACUAUUAGCUAUGGAAACCUCCAUACUAGAGUCAACGCAAAUUUCAAAUCAAACUCUUAAUUCAAGUCUUAUUUCAAAUAUAACUCUUAAUCCCAGCAAUACAAGUUUAAAUAGCAAACAGCAGAAGAGAACAUUUAAUUUAACAAAGAUAUUACAAAACUCCGUCUAUCCUGAAGAAUGUACACAAAAUGAUAAUUUAAUUAAUGCCUCAGUGAUACCAAAUCAUUUAAGCAAUAGCAGUAUAUUUGAGCAGAGUCUUAUGGUAAAAUCAAAUGAGACAAAAGAGCAGGAAAUAAUAAAAAUACCCGAAGAUGAAAGUGUUUUUCUGGAAGAUACUAUAGUCGAUGAAGAAUUGGUCUUAAGUUUAACACAACAACAAAAUCAAGCAGCUGAGGAGGAGCAUGUACCCAUGAAUGUUACUUUACGUGAGGAAGACAUGGAAUUAUUAGAUAUCUUACAACAAUUGGAAGAGAAUAAUGAAGAUAAAAUUGAUUUAGAUAGUAGUUUAGCGCCUAUGUCUCAAAUGCAUAAAAAUUUUGCUUUAUCACCUCAAGAAUUGGAUAAAGAAACCACAAAUGCUGCUUUGCAUAAACCCUCUGCCUACACUGAUUCUGAAGAUGAUCAAGAAAAUGAUGAUAAUAUACAUGAUUUUUCUAUAGCUUUAGAAAAUCUAGAUGAUUUAAUACUAAAACUAACACAAUCACAAAAACAACCACAUGCGCCUAAUGAAAAAUCUUCAUUGGAUGUUCCACAAGUAGAUGGAGCUGAUGAUUUGCUAAGAACUCCUACAAAGGCAGCAAAAACCGUGGCAGCUAACAAUAGGGGUACGCCGCCACAUACCCCCACUACUCCUAAUAGACGUUUAACUAUGGGUUCUCCCUGUCGUUCUCCCAGAACACCUAAAACUGGACAUAAAUAUGCUGCUUUACCUUUAGUUUCUAUUGAUCGUUCUACGGGUAAAACCAAAGCUGUUAAUGACACUACACCUUUGAAACAGUCCUCGGGAGAACGAAACAGUUUGCCAAUGUUAUCUUUACGCAAAAAAUUAGCUUUGUCUGAUAUGCGCCGCAAAAGCAUAUCGGUCGAUACAGAUGUGGAGGAUCAGGUUACUGCUGUAGCCGAAAGUACCAGUUCCAAUCGAAGACGUUCCAAAAGAUUAGUUAAUUUAGAUAAAACUCAUGUCACAUGUGCCUUAACACCCCGACGAACAAAUGCAAAAUUACUUAAAGUUUAUAGUUUGGAUAAUAAGGAUAAUGAAAUUGGGGACGACGCACAAGAUACCCCCGAGGAAAGUGAAAAUAUCCAAGAUGAUAUAAAGAAAAAGGAAAUUAAAGCCAAACAACCAAUUAGUUUAGAAGGGGAAAACCCGACAAAAACUGUAAACAAAAGAUGUUUGAAAGUAACUAGGAAAUUCACCAAAAAGCCGGACUUGGCGGUGGAUGUACCAAAUAACUUAGAAGAUGAAUUAAAAGAAACUGUUGCAAAUAACUUGGAAAUAGUGAAAGAAAUUGACUCUAAUAAGGAAACAGAUGAAGAAAUUGUUGACUCUGGUAAUGAGGGUGAAGUAGCCAUGAAAAAUUUACGUAAAACACCAAAUUUAAAGAGAUUAAGGCGUAGUUUUAUAGCAGCCAAUUCGGCAAAACGUAGAAAAAUAAGAUCUAGUACUAGCUCAUUAGUUAAUUCAUCAAAAUUUGAUUGUGCAACAGAUGAACGCAAACCUAAUGAAAUUGAGGAGGAAAAUCAUUUAAAAUUGAAAAAAUGUAAAGUGAGACUCAAGAAACUAACAGAAUCAGAAGAGCAGGAAAGUAAAAAUAGAACAGUUAAUACGAAAUCCGGAGAAAGCUAUGUCGAAACUUUAGGAAAUGUAAACGAUGGCUUAAAGUGUGAUAUGGAAUUAAAAGAAAAUUCCAACCAAGUGGUAAAACCUAAAGCUUUAGAAAGUGUAGAAUCUAGAGAAGAUAAUUCAAAAAGUUCUGAUCUAACAAAUGAUCAGCAAAUUUCUACUAAAUUAGAAGAUUUAAGCAGUGCUCUAAAGUUGCAUUUCCAAUCAAUCUGCAACUUCAAAAGCUGUACCGGAAACCACCAUCCAAAACCGUCAUCAAUUGAAAUUAAGUAUAAAUCUCAAAAGGAAGAUAAAGAUGACACAACCAAUCGCAAUAUAGAAACUCGGAACAGCACGAUUUCACCAAAUCUAGAAACAUUUUCCCUGAAUCCCAAAUCAAAGAAAGUUCAGAUGAAGAAAUCUUCGAAACUCCUUUAUUUGAUAUUCUUUCUAAGUCUCCAAAUAAACAAUGUUCAGAUGAGGAAAUCACUGAAACCUCCACCACAAGAAACUGAUAAAGAUCCCAAAUUUAAAAGGUUGGGUAGUAAAUCAAUAAGUCUACAAAGUCCAGUAAUAUUUACCCAGAAUUCUAGUCCAGUAUUACAAGCCCAAUCAAAAACAACCUCUAGAUCCAAUUCCUUACAAUUGGAAAGCUAUAUAACUAUAUCGUCUUCUUCGAGUAAUCAUUCCCUAAUAACAUCAGAAACGAAUAUAGUUUUAACUCCCCUAGAUUUACCUCCCAGCCGGGAAGAAGUGCUGAAAGGUUGUCGUAAGUUUCAACUACCAGAAUAUGAUUUCCAACAACCGUUCUACAGUAAUCCCGAUGAUAUCACCAAGCAUAAGGAACUUGGUUUCACCGUACUCCAAAUACCGGGUAAUAAACUAAAUGAUGUAGAAGAAUUCCAAAGUAUAUUGGGUACAGACGUCAAAGGUUUAACCUCCUGGAGACGUCAACAACUAAUAAAACUAGGGGGAGUAGAAAUGUAUAAAUAUCGUAAUCCACAACGUAUACGUGAAUAUUUUGCCAAUCAAAAAUCGGUUAUUAUAACUCCCCAUAAUGCUCCCACUAGACAAGAAGUUAAACUAUGGCUGAAAGCUAGGGAGUUGUUAAAAACUAAAGGAGAAGAGUGGGACAUGAAAGUGAAAAACCUGGAAGAAGACAGUCCAAUUAAAGUACGACGACAAAAAGUAACUAUGAUGUUGAAUGCUGGCGAUGCAGGCGAAGCAGACAGUGAUGAUGGUGAUAAUAGUUUGGACUGUUCUUCCAGAAGUCUAACGCUAACGCCUCUAACACCAGGAACACCAACCGGAAAUGAACAUUACAGCAAAGCAGAUGUUAAGAAAAGUUUUACACCUGUUAAGGAAUUUGGAAAAGUACCCUUAAAACUGGAUAGUUCCCUAAGAAAACGUAAAAAUUAUAGAAUUUUUCGGCGUGUUGCUCUAAAUAAACAACUUAAGGAGGCUUUCGAAAAGGAAGCAUCUAAAGAAAGCUCACAGGAGUUAGAAGCUAUAAAGGAUAGUCAAGGCAGUGUUAUAGCCAAUUCUCAAAAUAGUGAAACUAGUGUUAGUAGUGAAACUGCUCUGGCGGAAUUGGAACGUUCCUCUUUUAUGCAGCAGUUAAAGGAAGCCGAUGUUACCAUUGGUGGCUUUUCAGAGAAUUCCACUUUGAAUAAUACUUUUGGUUUUAAAGUGGCUUUGGAGAACCUGCAACAGGCCAAGGCAGAUGUAGAGUUCAAUUAUCUUACCAUUGUCACCUUGGAAGUGUUUGUGGCCACACGUGAUGAUUUAUUUCCCAAUCCUGAAAUGGACGAAAUACGUUGCCUAUUUUAUGCCAUAGAAAAUAGUAUACCCAACGAUCAUAUUGAUGUCGAUAAAAAAUUACCCCGCAAAGCUUGUGGCUAUAUAAUGGUACAUGAUUCUCGUGAUAUUGUUGCUAAGGAGGGUCGUAUUCAUGGCAUUGAUAAUGAUAUUGAAGUGACCAUUGUUCAAACUGAAGUUGAGGCUUUGGAAGCUCUAUUGGGUUUAUGUUCACGUUGGGAUCCUGACAUUUAUGCUGGCUAUGAAAUAGAAAUGUCUUCUUGGGGUUUUGUUAUUGAACGUGCCAAGUAUUUGUGUUUGAAUAUUGCACCUUUAUUGUCAAGAGUUCCAACACAGAAAGUUAGAGAAUUUGUGGAUGAAGAUCGAGAGUCGUUUACGGAUUUGGAUGUAGAGAUGAAACUUUGUGGUCGCAUUUUACUAGAUGUCUGGCGUCUGUUACGUUCGGAAAUUGCCUUGACCUCCUACACCUUCGAAAAUGUUAUGUAUCAUAUCAUGCACAAACGUUGUCCCUGGCAUAGUUAUCGCAAUUUAACCGAAUGGUUUUCUUCACCCUGUUCACGUUGGAUUGUCAUAGAAUAUUAUUUGGAAAGAGUACGAGGUACAUUGGCCCUAUUAGAUCAGCUUGAUUUAAUAGGACGUACAAGUGAAAUGGCUAAACUGAUAGGUAUACAAUUCUAUGAAGUUCUGUCGAGAGGAUCACAAUUUCGGGUGGAAAGUAUGAUGUUAAGAAUUGCUAAACCUAAAAAUUUGGUACCAUUAUCGCCUAGCGUCCAGCAGCGUGCCCAUAUGAGAGCUCCCGAAUAUUUGGCUUUAAUUAUGGAACCUCAAUCUCGCUUUUAUGCUGAUCCUUUAAUAGUUUUAGAUUUUCAAAGUUUAUAUCCUAGCAUGAUAAUAGCCUACAACUAUUGUUUCUCCACCUGUCUAGGAAGGGUAGAACAUUUGGGACAAUCGACACCAUUUGAGUUUGGUGCCUCACAAUUGCGUGUUUCUCCGGCUAUGUUGCGUAAAUUAGUGGAUCGUGAUCUCAUCACCAUUUCACCUUGUGGCGUGGUGUUUGUCAAAUCAGCGGUGCGUGAAGGUAUAUUACCGCGUAUGCUAACAGAAAUCCUCGAUACCCGUCAAAUGGUUAAACAAUCCAUGAAACUACAUAAAUCUAAUUCAGCCUUACAACGUAUUUUACACUCACGUCAAUUGGGUCUGAAACUAAUGGCUAAUGUUACUUAUGGUUAUACAGCUGCCAAUUUUAGUGGUCGUAUGCCAGCUGUAGAAGUAGGUGAUAGUGUAGUUUCGAAGGGCCGUGAAACUCUAGAGCGUGCCAUUAAAAUGGUGGAAGUCAAUGAUAAAUGGAAUGUUAGAGUAGUUUACGGUGACACCGAUUCCAUGUUUGUUUUAGUGCCGGGACGUAAUCGUGAUGAAGCAUUUCGCAUUGGCGAGGAAAUUGCUGAGGCUGUAACAAAACAAAAUCCUCAUCCGGUUAAAUUGAAACUGGAAAAAGUCUACCAGCCCUGCAUAUUACAGACCAAAAAACGUUAUGUCGGUUAUAUGUAUGAGACCCCCGAUCAAAAGGAACCCGUUUAUGAAGCUAAAGGUAUUGAAACUGUUAGAAGAGAUGGCUGUCCAAUGGUAGCUAAGAUGUUAGAAAAGGUUUUGCGUAUUCUCUUUGAAACCGCAGAUGUAAGUCAAGUGAAACAUUAUGUUUGUCGACAAUUUACUAAACUAUUGUCGGGGCGCGCGAAUUUACAAGAUUUAAUAUUUGCUAAAGAGUUUAGAGGUCUCAAUGGUUAUCGUCCUACGGCCUGUGUGCCCGCUUUAGAAUUAACUAGAAAAUGGAUGCAAUCAGAUCCACGUCGUAUACCUCGUCGCGGUGAAAGAGUGCCGUUUAUUAUAACUAAUGGACCACCAGGUGUACCAUUAAUACGUUUGGUACGUCAUCCCCAUGAGGUGUUAAGCGAUGAAGGUCUUAAAAUCAAUGCUGUCUAUUAUAUAACCAAAGCCAUAAUACCUCCCUUAAAUCGUUGUCUUUUACUUAUCGGAGCCGAUGUCAGUGAGUGGUUUGCGAAUUUACCUCGAAAAAUUCUUCUAACACCUGCUCUCUCCACUGCCAGCGAAAUUAUUUCCUGUCCUAAUCCUAAAUCUAAGAAGAGUACUAUAUCACAAUUUUUCUCCACUACUAAUUGUAUUGUUGAUUGCGGUCGCCAAACGAAACAGGGUAUUUGCAUGGAAUGCAGUCAGAAUUCAACACGUUCCAUGAUUAUUUUACAAUCGAAAAUUUCUAAAAUUGAACGUUCAUAUCUGGCAACGCAACACAUAUGUGAGGCAUGUUGCGGUCGAGUGGGAGAUAUAAAAUGUGGCUCUUUGGAUUGUCCCGUUUUGUAUGUUUUAGAAGUUAAGCGUCGCGAUUUGCAACAGAUUAUGCAUUUUAGAAAUAUUGUAGAAGAACGAUUUUAGCUGGAAGUGUGAGGGAAGCAUGAUACGACCAUGUUAUUCUUAAAUUAUGGUAGAAAGUACAAAAAUUUGCUAUAUAAGUAUUUUUAUAACUAAGUUAAGAAGUUUGUUAAUGAAAUUAAUUAUUUAAAUUAAAAGUUAAUAAAUGUUACAAAAACUGUAUGAAA